CCUCCGAGCGAACCUGGUCGGUACCCGUUACAGCUAAGAACUGGAUCGCAACCCCUUUGGACGACGCCAUCCACUAGUUCCGAGCAGCUGGUCCCCUCUAACUCUAAAAAUGGACCCACGUUUUAUCCUUAAGUGUAAGGAUUGCCUUCUAAGUUUGGUGGGAGAAGAAUUAUUAACCCAUUCAUGUAAAAAAUGGGUUGACCUUCUUCAAACUCCAUCAACAGAGACACCAGGGGAGAAAAUAGUCAGAAUGGAGGAGAUAGAUAAAAGGAGGAGGGCUGAAGUAGAAAGGGAAAUGAAGAAGGCAAUAAAAAAGAUCAAAGAGAGAAAAAACCUGGAAAUAAGAGUAAAAAUGUAUGACGAAAACAGAUCAAGAAGAAGAGAUCCAAGAAUCCAAAAACUCGCAGAAGAAAAAAGGAUCUAUUAUGGACUGCCAACGAUGCAAGAAAUUAGAAAAGGAUUACAGGAGAAAAAAACAAAAGGAAGAGGAGGAAAAGCGGAGUCAAAAGGAAGAAGAGAAAAAAUUAAAAGAAGUAUUUGAAAAAAUAAAAAUACAAGAGACAGAGAAGCAAGAAAAGGAGAUAGACGAAAUGAAGAAAUUGCUUAAAUAUAGACAAGAAAGAUAUUCAAAGGAGGCGGCAAGAAAAAGAAAAGAAGAAAAGCUAGAGAAAGAGAGAUUAAGAAGAAAGUAAGAACGGGAGGAGAAAGUAAUAAGAAGAAAGGAAAUAAAAAAAGCUCUAAAGAAGGCCGGGGAGAACAAAAAAGAGCUACAACCGAUCCAAGAAUAGAACGAAAGCUCAUCGACGGACUGUGACACCGACGUGUAAACCAAAAUAAAAAACUUACUUUACUUUUCCACAUAUACAACAGAAAAAUUUAUUUUUACCCUUU